CGAAAUGUCAAAGCUAAUCGAGGUGUUUUUGGGGAAUCUGUGGACGCAGCGGUUUACCUUCGCCCGAAUGGGCUUGGAUUUGCAGCCCGACAAAAAGGGCAAAGUUUUGCGAUCUCCGCUUCUUUAUGGUAUUAUGUGUCUGACCACGGGCUUUGAGCUCUGCACCGUGUGCGCCUUCAUGGGCCAACAUCGCAACCAAAUCGUGCUUUUUUCCGAGGCCCUGAUGCACGGGUUACAGAUGGUCUCCUCGCUACUGAAGAUGACUAUAUUCUUGGCCAAAUCCCACGACCUGGUGCUUCUAAUUCAACAGAUAAUGGCGCCCUUUACGGAGGAGGAUCUUGGGGAUACCGAGUGGAGAUCGCUAAAUCGGAGGGGACAAUUAAUGGCUGCCAUUUACUUUAUGAUGUGUGCCGGCACGAGUGUGUCAUUUCUGUUGAUGCCAGUGGCUUUGACCAUGCUUAAGUAUCGUUCCACUGGGGAGUUCGCGCCUGUCAGCUCGUUCCGGGUGCUCCUUCCAUACGACGUGACUCAACCGCAUGUUUACGCCAUGGACUGCUGCUUAAUGGUAUUUGUGUUAAGUUUCUUUUGCUGCUCCACCACCGGAGUUGAUACCUUAUAUGGAUGGUGCGCUUUAGGCUUGAGUUCCCAAUACCGCCGCCUCGGCCAACAACUUAAAAGGAUACGCUCCUGCUUUAAUCCAUCUCGUUCUGACUUCGGAUUAAGUGGUAUUUUUGUCGAGCACGCUCGACUGCUUAAAUUAGUCCAAUAUUUUAAUUCAACUUUUAUGGAGAUCGCUUUUGUGGAGGUUGUGGUAAUCUGUGUGCUCUAUUGUUCAGUAAUUUGCCAGUAUAUAAUGCCACACACCAACCAGAACUUCGCCUUUCUGGGUUUCUUUUCGAUGGUAGUUACGACCCAGCUGUGCAUCUAUCUUUUCGGUGCCGAACAGGUCCGGUUGGAGGCUGAGCGAUUUUCCGGGCUGCUAUACGAAGUAAUUCCUUGGCAAAACCUUUCUCCACAACACCGGAAGCUUUUCCUUUUUCCGCUUGAGCGCGCCCAGCGACAAACGGUUUUAGGUGCUUAUUUUUUCGAACUGGGCAGACCUCUUCUUGUUUGGAUAUUUCGCACAGCCGGCUCCUUUACGACAUUGAUGAACGCUCUCUACGCAAAAUACGAAACGCAUUAAA